AGGGAGCUGAACAUCUGCAACGUGCUGGCCUUUGAAAGUUGGCUGCUGAGGAAGGGGCUGCCGUGGCCCUCUCGGACCCUCCUGGACCUGUCCCAGGUCAAGCGCCACUCGCUGACCCUCCGCAAAUUGGCCGGCCAGAUCGCCACCCCCAUCCCUUCCUUCAGCACUCUGCUCAGGGGCAAUGCUUCCGACUCAGUCCUCAGCAUGCAGCACAGGUACCGGCGUCAGAAGCCCUGGAAUUUCAGCACCAACCUUGACUCUGAACCGGCCACGUCCAUCUGCCGUCCGGCUUUGAUCCGGCUGGGCGUGGAAGCCGAGAAGCUGCCGCGCCAUGACUUCACCUCCUUCCUCUUCCUCUUCAAGGACCCUUUCGGGGAUCCGGUGAUCCAGAUCGACAACAUCGGCAGGGUCUGCCCCGUGCCGGAUCUCCCCUACGAGGUCCUUCACCAGAGCCUCUAUCCCCACACCUGGACGCCCCGCCUGGAGGUGCCCGGGGACCUCCGGCCGGUGCAUAUCUUCAACCUGAAGCACCGGCGUCCCCCGGGGCCCGAGCACUGGUGGACCGACCAGAUGGCCCUGAGCCUGCGGGUCACCCUGGAUCCCAUCUUCCUGAGCAGCCUGCAGGGCCAUGUCUCCACCUACUGCAGCGCCGAAGCUCUGAGCCCAAGGACAGCGAGCUUGGGGUCCCCAAAAGAGACCCCCUCCGUCCAAAGUGAAGCAUCCAGCCUGUAG